AUGCCGCAAGAUCAAAGGUUGCGACCUAUAGGUACCUGGCCUGAUACGGUCACCGAUCCAGGCCAGGAAACAGGUCGCAACCUUUGCUCUUGCCGACGCUUGUGGAUUAUAUUCAGCCUCACCAGUUUAAUCCUUAGCAUUAUGGAUAGGUUUUUGAAGACAUCAUCGGAGUCAGCCACCAAGAAACGGAAACGCUCUAUCAAUCCAUCAUUCCUCGACAAGUAUGGUGUAGCUGACGUCAGUGGUAAAGGGAUUUGUGUUAUGUGUUCUAAAGAACUUGCUGAGGAAUCUUUGAAGCCGAACAAACUACAGAGACACAUGGAAACUCACACAAAUGUUGCUUGUCUUGCAGCAGACCUGAAAGAGCAAAUUUUGGAAGACUUCAAAAAUUCCCCAUGGAUAGCCCUGGCAGUGGACGAGUCAACUGAUAUUACAUCACAGCCGCAGCUUUUGAUCUUCGGAAGAUUUCUUAAGGAAUCCUCAGUAGCUGAGGAGCUGCUUGCUUGUAUUUCACUUGAAACUACAACACGAGGCGAGGAUAUUUUCAGUGCUAUAGAUAAGUUCUUCACUGAAAACAACUUGGAAUGCAGCAUGGAGGGUGCCCCAUCAAUGAUGGGCAAGAACAUUGGAUUGCGUGGAAUUUUAUCAAGAAAACAUCCUCACAUUAAAACAAACCACUGCAUCAUCCAUCGCCAGAGUCUGGCAUCAAAAGACAUGUCUCAGAGCUUCUCUGAUGUGAUGCAGGUAGGCAUUGCAACUGUCAAUUACGUGAAGGCUAAGGACCUGAAUUCCCGCAUGUUCAAACAGUUGUGCAUUGCUGAAAAUUGUAAUCACCACACACCGCUGAUGCAUACUGCUGUCAGGUGGCUGUCAAGGGGAAAAACCUUGGAAAGGGUUUUCCUCCUUCGCAGUGAACUGGCAUCCCUCCUGUAA